AUGUACAUGCGAAACUUGCACCUGUCGCGGUACUUUCCGAAGCUCGCCGAGGAGAUUCGGUUGCCGGAGGAUUUGUUCGGCGAGAACGCGCUGGCGGACGAGACGAAAACGCCGAACGCGCCCGCCGUCUGGCGGAAUUGGUUCGAGCUGUUCGUGUGUCACGCGAAGCACUGCGCCGGGUUUCCUUUUUUACAUCGCGAUUCGUGCUGCGUGCACGCGGCGUCGUAUCAAAUUCUCGGUCGCAAGCGCUUCACGCUGUUCGCGCCGAGCGAAGGUCCGCGACUGUACCAAUCCGGCGGCACUGGGAAUCGUUCGAUGAUCGAAGACAUCGACGCCCCGGACGUCUUCGAGCGAUAUCCAGAGUUUCGACGCGCCCGCCGCUUAACGGUGGACGUCUCGGAGGGGGAAAUAUUAGUCGUGCCGUCGAUGUGGUGGCACACCGCUUCGCCGCUCCCGUGCGAAGCCUCGGACGACGUCUGCGUCAGCGUCGCCGCGUCCUUCGUCGAUGAUUCCGUGUACGAAAACUUCUUAGACGCGCACGCGGAGUUUCAGGCGAUGCAAAGCCUCGUCGCCGCCGGCGCGGCGAAGAUGUUGUAG